CCGAACGCAGCCUUACACACCGCAAUCUGCGCCCGCGGAGUACAGCUCGGCGCGCGCGUUUCGCGCUACGUACAUAUCUCUCUCUCUCUCUCUCUCCCUCUCUCCCUCUCUCUCCGUGUCCACUUUCGUCUAUCCUGCAGUUCUCGCGAUAGGAAAGCUCAGGUUACGCUUCCCCCGAGCCGCUUAAAUGUGAUUGCGAGGGGGAGUCUCUCGCCGUUCUCCGCCGUGUUACUCGGACGCGGGCAUUCGACAAUGGUGAGUGCACGACCACGCUGCGGCUCUGACGUUUACACUUAGGACGUGUCGGACGGCAUGGACAAGUCGUGGGAUCAUCCGUGGAGCACCGAGGAGAUGCGGAAGAAGAGGAGAGAGUGGAGCCUGGCGGGCGAUGUCGGGCUCCUCAAGCAUCUUCAGCAAUUCUCCGAAAACCUGGUGUCCAAGGCUAACAAGACUCAAGCGGCUCUGGACACGCUGACUACGCAGCUAAAAGAAACUGAGAUACUGGUGGAUAAUGUUACAAACACAUCCUUGGCUCUGGCCAACACUCAGUUCAUCGAGAGCCGCGUGCAGGAGGAUGACAUUGAGAUUAAAGAGAGCUCCGGGGAGAAGCAGGAGAAUGCAAAGACUCAGCAUUCGGCGCCGGAGGAUCUGCUGGCGAGCAUAAGCGAGAGCGUUAAGCAAGGUUUAAACAUAAUGGACGAAAAGUACAAAGUAAUGGAUGUGGCUUGCAGCGACAGUGAGGAAGAGGACGAGGACGGCGCGGUAGUAUUCAGUGUCAUUGUGGGACCCAACGAUCCAUAUCAAGAUCGGCCCUUGCCGUACGUUAUCGGCUCCGACAAGUGGAUAGCGUCGAAUAAGAUAGGCUUAGAGAGCAGUAGCAGCGAAUCUGAACAGGCUGACGAGGAGAGGGAGGACUCGGAGAGCGAGAAGGAGGAUACGCGGAAGGUGUUUGGCGGCCGACACAAUCCGGAGAUCAACAUAGCGAGACUGUCGUCGUCCUCCAGCGACUCGGAUAACUAUGACCACAGCAAUAACAUAUCUUACGGGAAUAACAAGGCGGACGUUGUGUCUCAGAAUAAUAUAAAUUCUGCCUCGGAGUCUGCCACACCUAAUACCGCGUCGAAGACGUCGAGUGAAACGGCGCCCAAUUUUGCAGAGGAGUUAGCCAAGCGAUUGGGCACCGUACGCCAAGCGCAGAAGCCCGCCGCUGUGGAUGAAAGCAGCGAAUCGUCGAUUAAUCGAUUCAAAGACGAUCUGUUCGCGUCCGAGAAGGAUGAGGAUGUGUUCAACGGCCCCGACAAUUUGUUUAGUGAUAAGAAGGGUCUCUUCGACGAUCAGGUGUCUGCGAAUCUGUGGAAGGACAAGCCGAUCAAGUCUUACAAGAACAGUAAUAUUAUACCGGCCAGUAUCGACGUGCCGCCGCCGAUUAGUAUAGUUUCGACCAAGCCAAAGUCUGCGAUCGACGAUCUGUUCGCCGACGCCGAUUCGGAGGAAGAUUCGGAUGACAUCUUUUCGUCGAAGAAUGUCGUCAAGAAACGCGCGAAGGAACCUCCUGCGAGCGUCGACGACGUGCCGAAGAAAUUUUUGAACCUUCCAACUGCCGACAACGUUGCUACGAGCACACCAAAGUCCAACGUCGACACAAGCCUGUUCAGUGACGACGAGAACGACGAUGCAGAUCUGUUUGGCAACUCCAAGAAGCAAUCUCACAAACCUGCGAGUGCGCCGUCGUCUACAAACACGACUCAGCAACCGGGUAAAAAGAAACCUGUCGGGGGCGAGUGGAUAUUCGGCAAUGUUUCGGCGUCGGACAUCGAGAGCAAGCUGUCGAGCCGGAUACUGCAACGACGACAAGAGUCGUCGGAAUCGGAUAGUGACGCACCCGGAAAUUCUGAUAGCGCGACAUGGAGCAACGUUGAGGCGGUAUCUGCGGCCACGAAUCGCAGCCCGCAGGUUUCUACGGAGACUAUAUCUCCAAUUAUCGGAAUCACCACCGCCAACAGCAGCGGGAUAUCGAUGCAGCCGCCGGGCAUCGACAACACAGGAUCCGGUUUGGGGAUCUUCCAGCCGCAGAUGACCUCGACGAGGCUCCAGUCCGAGGAGAUCUAUCGCGAGCGUAUCAGCAGCGACAGUCUGUUCGCGGCGCGAACGCGUCAUCCCGGCAACGUCAACGCGGCGAACGCCAACAGUGACAACCAGCAACAACAGCAGCAACAACUGGGACAGGAGCAACAGGAUAUUUCGUCGGUGCAGUCGCACGACGACGUCUUCGAGAACGACGACCUGUUCGGACCGCCGCCGUUGCCCAGUAAAUCGGACUCGAGGCGAGCAGGUAAGUCGAAGAUCUCGUCGCUCUUCGACGACUCCGAUUCCGGCGACGAGCUCUUCUCCGCCGCGAGCUCCGGCUCCAGAUCGCAGAAGAGCACGGAUUUCCACGCCACGGUGCCGUCGCACGAGCGGACGAAGCCGGCCCCGAAAAGCAGCGGCCUGUUCGACGACGACGUGGACAUAUUCGGCGGCAGGGACGCCCCGGACGUCGAUAUAUUCGGGGUGGCAUCGAAACCGGGCCCGAAGGACGCCGCACCGAAUGGCCUGGACUCGGUAGCGCCGAGGAGCAAUAAGGAUAAUUCGCAAAACACGAAGAUGGAACCAAAGAAGAUCAGUUUGUUCGACGACGACGACGACGAUGGCGAUCUAUUUGGCGCGAAGCCGAUGAAGUCAAAGAACGAACGUAAGACUGAUAUCUUCAAAAACGAGGAUGAUCUGUUUCUAUCGGCCGAGGCUGCCUCGAUAGAGAAAACUGAAGAAGUUAAACCAAAGACCGACGUCUCCAAGAACGUCUCUAGUCUCGAAACUGAAAAAAAAAACAGGAACGACCCUCCGGAUUAUUUGGACGGACUAUUUUCGAAAACCACGAGGCCCCGCAGUCUUCUGUUCGAGGACGACGAUUACGACGAUCUUUUCGGCAGGAAGGAUACAGCGUCGCACGAAGGCGACCGAUCGAAAUCCAAAGAAGAGGCCGGGAAAGAGGUUGCCAAGCAGGCCCAGAAACUUUCUGAAGAAAACAAAAGCUCGUUGGAGUCGUCAAGUUUAAGUCGUGACGUCAAAACGACCGCAGAGUCGAGCGAUUCCUCAGCUAGGAACGACGUGCACGAGGAAAGGAGGGAGGCCGAGGUCAAGGAAACGCCUUCCAACGUCGAGGAAGACGGCACGGCGAAGAAGAAUUCUCCGCCAAAAACCCUGAGCAUCCGGACGAUCUCACCGCCGUCCGAGGAACAUGGCAAUCAACAGGUACCCCGACGUUUGGUGUCCGGUAAGAUAAAGAACUUAAUGGGGAAGAUGGGUGAUUUGAAGAUACUCUCGCCCAUGGAUGCACCGCCGUUGUGGAGGAAGAGCGAGGAUAAGACGGACGAGGACGAAGACGUCGUGGACCGGGACAGCGCAGAUCUGGGCAUCAGUGGUCACGUUUCACCUCCGAGUGUAUCAGAAGAUAGCACGAAGAAGGAAUCCUCUUACUCGACAAUUUCCACCGCUAGCAAUGCGGAAGCGGCCAUCAAUUUCGAUGAUCUGGCUCAAGUAGAAACGUUAUCCACUACCGCGUCCAAGAGCCGAGUGAGGAUUCAAGCGAAACGCCGCCCUCAAAGCCGACACGCCCGGAAAUCCGCGCUGCGGCACAGUGGAAUCGACUUCGACACGGUCGACAACGCGGACAACGAUAAUUCUCAGGAGGAGAGUUACACUAGCACCUGCUCGUCCAGCAAGGACCCAUCCGCCGCUCCGACAAUCAGCUCCUCCGAUCGCUUGAUCGCCAGUGACAAUGUUCAGCGCUCGACGAUUGAUCCUUCUUCCGUGGACGACAGAUCCGAGCUGGGUAGCAUCAGCAAAGAGAGUUCGAUGAGCGUAAACAAGAAUACUCUUCUGUCACCGUCCACCGACGAGGAGGACUUGUUCGACGUGCCACCAGAUUUGCCCGAAGACCCGCAAAAGGAGGACGCGUUAUUUGGCAGAGCGCCGAUACUCUCACCGAUCGAUGGCGGGCAAUCGGACAGAACGCCCGUUGCUGCCGAAUCUUUAGUGGAUACCGAGAUUAGAAAGGUCAACGACAUUGAUGUCGACGUGAAUGCGAAGAACAACGAAAAUGAUGAACAGAAUUCUAGGGAAUCGGUGCAAUCAGAUUUUGCUAUUAAUUCAGAUACUUUGAGGAGUACCAAAAAGAAAGAUGAUCAGCAUAAGGAAGCUGAUGAGCGAGGCGAGGUGAGAAGAGUGUCCAGCGAAGAGCCGAGUGAUCCUUUGCGCGACAGCACCCACGAUCCGCUGAAGGAUCCUAGUCAGUUGUUUGCGUUUGUCACGAAGACGCCAUCGCCAGAGAAAAGCAAGGGUCUGCUAUUUUCUGAGCCGGAUGACAGUCUCUUCUCCAGCGGCUUGGCGAAGAAGCCGAACGAGCCGAAGAAGGAGAUCUUGGAUCUGUUUGCGGACGAUGACAUGGGCGGCGAUCUAUUUUCCGCGACGCCGUUGAAGAAGGCAGUGAAAAAGCCGCUGCGGGACACGAAGAUCGGUCUCUUUGGCGACAAUGACGACGCGGAGAACGGCGAGGACGACAGUCUCUUCGGUAACGUGUCCAGCCAUGCGAAGCUGGACAGUCAACCGUCAAAUCCAGCUUUUACCGGUCGAAAAAAGAGCAACAUUUUCGACGACGACGAAGAUGACGAUUCCAGUUUGUUCGUCGAGUCGUCCGGUCAUUCGCAAAAGUCGGAUAGCGCAUCGUUCUCGGAGCCUAAGCACGAUUUUCAAGUCGAUACUCAAGCCAAGAACUCGAGUUUGAAAGAUAUCUUCGGUAACGCGUCGUGUAACGACGAUGACGACGCCGAUCUUUUUACCACGAAGAAAGUUGUUCCUAAGAAAGUCGUCGCGUCGUCUAAAUCCCUGUUCGCGUCGGACGACGACGACGAUGAUGACGGCCAUAUCUUCGGCAAGCAGUCAUCCGCGCCGACGGAGUCGAAGGCGAGGACGACGACGGUCGCGCCGAGUUUAAGAUCGGCCGUGAAGAAACCGGUCACUAGGGACCUGAAGAAAACGGCCGAGAAGAUCGUCGAGGACCCGCUGAGCCUCCUUCAAGACGAUUAAUCCAGUUUCCUUGGGAUAGAUAUCCCGUGAGAUUUUCUGUUAGCCACGCAACGCUUAGCCACAAAAGUUCAUGCGCGUCUAAGGGAGAAAGAUAAGAUUGAAGUACAAAAAUCAGAUGCCUGCCUUUUGUUCUGCCAUUUGUUCAAAGGACUGUUUACCGCAACUGUAUGUGACCGAAUGUGUGUGUUAUUAACAUUAAUUUAACAGUACACGACAAGCGAUCAUUGAAUUUUCUCAACAUGACAUAUUCAAUUUUUAAGUCGGACUUGUAGACAGGUAUGUGUAACGUUAAAUAUUUUCUUAAACAUCUUAGUCUUUUUUUAUAUCGCUUUAAUUUUUCAGAGGUAUAUGUAAUCCUGUAGGUGGAUAUAUGUAUAUAAUAGAAUGUUUCAUUGCCGAGUAAACUUUUGUGGUUUAGGCGCAUAUAUAUUUAUAUAUUUUUUAUUUAUAUCAUGUUAGCUCACAAAAUAUGUCGCCCGUCUAUAAUAUAAAGCGUGUUGUAUGUUGGAGAACGGGUAGCGUGCAAUUUGCAAGCAACGAAGAAUUUUAUUUCUCGUACUAGCCUAUAUUUAUUAUGUCGCAAGCCAUCUAGAUCUGUGGAUUAUCUGUUUCUUUACGCGUGCCACAUUACAGAGAACGUGUCUUGUCUUAUCCGUCAACGAAGCUGCAAUAUAUACGGAAGGAUAUCCAUUUUCUCUUUCUUUUGUAUCGUCUAUUCGGAAUACAACGAAUGUGUAAUUAGUUCAUAUCAGAAUUGAGAGAUAUUGAAAGUACCUUCGUGAAAGACACAUUUCACCCGUACAAUAGAUGUAUAUUUUCUGUAACAUCCACCCUGUUUAUUCCUGUGAUUUACGUCAUGUAUAUAUUAUUCUGAUGAGUCACACACGUUAGUAUAAUAAACUUUAUUCGAUAACAA